AUGAAGGGAGCGAUUUUCUCUGCCGUGGCACUGGCUGCUACAGCCCUUGUGAGCGCUGCUCCCGUGACCAAGGAGAAUGCGGUCGUGUCUACCAAUGAGAAGUGGUCGAACUGGAACCCCUAUAUGGUGCAGAAGCGCAGUGAGGAUGCCCCCGAGUCGGACAACAAGUGGUCGAACUGGAAUCCAUAUAUGGUGCAGAAGCGCAGUGAGGAUGCCCCCGAGUCGGACACAAUGGUCAACUAUCCAUUUCCUCCCCAAGUGGUCGAACUGGAACCUCAGAAGCGCAGUGAGGAUGCCCCCGAGUCGGACAACAAGUGGUCGAACUGGAAUCCAUAUAUGGUGCAGAAGCGCAGUGAGGAUGCCCCCGAGUCGGACAACAAGUGGUCGAACUGGAAUCCAUAUAUGGUGCAGAAGCGCAGUGAGGAUGCCCCCGAGUCGGACAACAAGUGGUCGAACUGGAACCUCGGUAUGGUCCAGUAA